AUGGGAAUCAGAGGUAAAGCGGAGAGGAGAGAAGAGUCGGUGGCGGUGGCCAUCGACAAGGACAGAGGAAGCCAAUAUGCUAUCAAAUGGGCUAUUGAUAAUCUUCUCAGCAGAGGCCAAGCUCUCACAUUGCUUCAUGUUAAACACACAACAAAUGCAGUUAAGGAGGAUGUUGCAAAGGUGUACAGAAAACAACUUGAAGCUCAAGCAAAAGAGUUGUUUCUACCAUUCCGUUGCUUUUGCACCAAAAAGGCUAUAAAUUGCAAAGAAGUCAUAAUCGAGGAUACAGAUGUAACAAAAGGAAUCAUCAACUACGUCAAUUCCAAUGGGAUUGAGGUUUUGGUACUUGGCGCACCAUCAAAAAGCAGCUUCAUCAGAUUCAUGACUACAGACGUUCCAACCACCGUGGUGAAAAGGGUACCGGACUUUUGCACUGUUUAUGUCAUUGGGAAAGGAAAGAUCUCAUAUGUGCGAUCUGCUACCAGCUCAUUACCCCCAAAACCUCAAUCGCGUAAUCAAAUACAGUACCAAGCUAGCAAUGUUUCAGAUUCAAGUGAAACACAAAGCACAGUCAGCCAGAAAUCUAGAGGAGGCGAGAGGAAACAGUAUACGCCCCGUACCCAGCAAAAUGACAAUGAAAUCCUGUCACCAUUCUCAAGAGGAAAAGCUUCAAUGAACAAAACACAUGAGCUGUCUGUCGAGAGUGAUAUAUCGUUCGUGAGCAGCAACGGAAGGUCAAGCACUGAUUACAGAAGCUCUACAUCAUCGUACUCUGGAACCAAGUACAUUGACAUGGGUUUCGCCAACAAUGACUUCUCAUCAAUGGAUAAUGACAUAUCAUGGUCACCACAGAACAUGGAUGGAGUGGAAUCGGAGAUGAGGAGGCUCAUGCUAGAGCUCAAGCAAACAAGGGACAUGUACAAUAAUGCCUGCAAGGAGGCACUCAUAGCACAACAUCAGGCAAAUGAAGUAAACCAAUGGAAAAGGGCAGAAGAAGUGAGACUAGAAGAGGCAAAAGUAGCCGAAGAAGUUGCAAUGGAAGCUGCAGAGAAGGAGAAAGCCAAAUGUAAAGCAGCAGUCGAAAUAGCACAAGCAGCUCGAAGGGUUGCAGAAUUCGAGGCACUGAAAAGGAAGAGUGCAGAAAAUAAAGCCCUUAAAGAAGCAGAAGACAGGAAAAAAGCACAAGCAGGAAUGGCAUUUGAUGUCAGGUAUAGGAAGUAUUCAAUUGAAGAGAUUGAAGCAGCAACAAACGAAUUCUCAGGUAGUCUCAAGAUUGGGGAAGGAGGCUAUGGACCUGUGUAUAAAGGUGAACUAGACCAUACAUCUGUGGCAAUAAAAGUUCUCCGUCCAGAUGCAGCUCAUGGGAAAUCACAGUUCAAGCGAGAGGUUGAAGUGUUGAGCUGCAUAAGACAUCCAAACAUGGUCCUCCUUCUUGGAGCAUGUCCCGAGUACGGCUGCCUUGUCUACGAGUACAUGGCUAAUGGUAGCUUAGAAGAUCGCCUAUCCCGGAAAGGCAAUACCCCGGUUAUUCCUUGGCAGCUAAGGUUCCGAAUUGCAGCAGAAAUUGCCACAGGGCUUUUGUUCCUUCAUCAAAGCAAGCCAGAACCCCUUGUACAUCGUGACCUUAAACCCGGAAACAUAUUGCUGGACCAUAAUUAUGUCAGCAAGAUUAGUGAUGUAGGUUUGGCUAGACUUGUCCCUCCAUCAGUAGCCGACUCUGUCACUCAGUACUACAUGACAUCAACAGCAGGAACAUUCUGUUACAUCGAUCCAGAGUAUCAGCAAACCGGAAUGCUUGGAACAAAAUCUGAUAUCUACUCACUCGGAGUCGUGCUUCUGCAAAUCAUAACAGGUCGGCCACCAAUGGGUUUGACACAUCUUGUUGAGAGGGCUAUUGAGCAAGGGACCUUUAUUGACGUGCUUGACCCUGCUGUUAAAGACUGGCCUGUUAAGGACGCCUUGAGCUUUGCUAAGCUAGCUUUAAAGUGUGCUGAAAUGAGGCGAAAAGAUAGACCGGAUCUUGGGAAGGUUGUGCUACCUGAGCUUAACCGGUUGAGAGCGCUUGGCCAAGAUAGCAUGAAUGCUAUGAUGUUUGGUGGCAGUGAAGUAUUCUCUCCAAGAAAAGGCCAAUUUUCCUCUAGUCAAGUGAGUUACAUAACCUAACUUACACAUCGUAUUAUGCAUACAAGGAAGAUUAUGUAUCAACACGUACUAGAAGGACGUCAACUGAUUUUUCGUAAGUGGUAGCUAGUUAAAAAAGAAGUCUAGAGGACUUAA